AUCAUAAUGUUAUUCUGGUGUGUUCUGUUAGGAGUCUCCACUUUACUUUAAAUAGUUAUAUUUCAUACCUCACUGAGUGAUGCUUAUCUCUGGUUUCCAUUCACACUCAGCAACUCAGCAACUAUGGCAACAAAGUGUGAACAAACCCUACUGUCAGUGUGAACCAAUAGGUUUGUGCUUAAUGUAAGGUGCUUGUGAUGUCUAACUGUGUUUUAGUGGUACUCGGGAAAGAUGGCUGGAGUGUGACUUACACCACUCUGAGUAUCUGUGCCUUGAAGGGGUCAACAGUGAACAUAUCCUGCUCUUACACAUAUCCCAGUAAUCAUGAGAUCAAAACAGCUUUCUGGUUUACUAAAUGGGAGUCUGGUAUGGAUCCUGAAGAUCUGAGCUCAGUGCCAGGGUAUGAGGGUCAUAUAGAGUACCUUGGGGAUAAGAAGAGUGACUGUACCCUGAGAAUCACAAACCUGAGAUUGAGUGACUCUGCUGGGUACAGGUUCAGAUUGAUAACAUCCGGAGACAAGAUUGCUGGCUCACCUGUCUCCCUGACUGUCACAGAUGUUGUGUUGGAAAUGAAUCCUACAUCUGUGUCAGAGGGGGAGGGAGUCACACUGACAUGUAGAACCAAAUGUACGCUGGACCCAAUCACAGCCUACAGUUGGUAUAAGAAUGGACAGCCUAUAACAAACACCAACACCUACUCUCCUGUCUAUAGCCUAUUCUCAGUCAGCAGUGAGGAUACAGGCAGAUACUUCUGUGCUGUAAAAGGCCAUGAGGAUCUCCCCUCUGCUGAAGAGACUCUCACUGUCACAUAUGGCUCAAGGAACACCUCAGUGUCAGUCAGUCCCUCUGGUGUAAUAGUGGAGGGCAGUUCAGUGACUCUGACCUGCAGCAGUGAUGCCAACCCACCUGUGGACAAAUACACCUGGUACAAGAAGAAUGUAGCCUCACCAAAAGCAUCAGGACAGAGUUACAGCAUCACUAACAUCAUCUCUGAGGACAGUGGAGAAUAUUACUGUGAGGCUGAGAAUAAAAUAGCAUCAUAA